CGCACACUGAAACGGAAAACGGAAGUUAGAAGCGGAACGUCUGUGUAUUGAUGAGGAGCCAUUAUUACAUAUAUAUAUAUAUAGCUGUUGUUGUUGUAUCAUUUACUGCGAACCAAAGCGUUAAUAAAUGCAGAUAUUUAAAGAGCUGCAUUUGACCGCACCCACUUUCGUAUUUGGGCGAACUUUUGAGAAGCAAGAGACCGUGUCGUGGGAGUAUUGUCGGCCAAAAUGAAUGCUAGUAAGAGCAAAGACAGCGGCGAAGUUAUUAAAAACUACCACAAACAGGCGUUUGAGCACAUUUCGAAGGCGUUGAGGAUUGACGAAGAUGAUACAGGUGAGAAGGGGGAGGCUGCGCACUGGUACAAGAAAGGGAUUGCUGAGCUUGAAAAGGGUAUUGCAGUAGAGAUCACGGCACCAGCAGGUGACCAAUAUGACCGUGCAAAGCGACUUCAGGAUAAAAUGAUCAACAAUCUCACCAUGGCAAGAGACAGACUUGCUCUUUUAGAGGCAACACUGGCAUCUAAAAAGAAGAAUGAACCCAAGAAGACUUUAAAUCAUGUCCAUCCACAGCCAAAGCCUACUCCUAAAAGUCAGCCCACAGUUUCCACAAACAUCAGGCCCCACACUGCUGUCAGACCCCCAACUAGAGCCUCUGAUGCAAAGGUAACCCCAAGGGCGGGAAAAGCUCAAAAUGGAAAACUUGCAUCAUUGAAACAACCACAGAAGAGAGAUAUGAGAAACUUCAAGAAUGUGGACAGCAAGUUGGCCAACUUGAUUCUAAAUGAAAUCAUUGACAGUGGACCAGCUGUAUCCUUUGAAGACAUUGCAGGACAGAAUCUGGCCAAGCAAGCACUCCAAGAGAUAGUUAUCCUGCCUGCCUUAAGACCAGAGCUCUUCACUGGCCUGAGAGCUCCUCCACGUGGUCUGCUUUUAUUUGGCCCACCUGGAAAUGGGAAAACCAUGCUGGCCAAAGCAGUUGCAGCUGAGUCAAAUGCAACAUUCUUCAACAUCAGCGCAGCCAGUUUGACCUCAAAAUAUGUGGGAGAAGGUGAGAAGCUUGUUAGAGCACUUUUUGCAGUUGCCAGAGAAUUACAGCCCUCUGUCAUCUUUAUCGAUGAAGUCGAUAGUUUACUUUGUGAAAGGAGAGAGGGAGAACAUGAUGCCUCUCGUCGUUUAAAAACAGAGUUCCUCAUUGAGUUUGAUGGGGUGCAAUCAGGAGGAGAUGAUAGAGUCCUUGUAAUGGGAGCAACCAACAGGCCUCAAGAGCUUGAUGAAGCUGUCCUCAGGCGAUUUGCAAAGAGGGUUUAUGUGACAUUGCCAGAUGAACAGACAAGACUCACACUGCUGAAAAAUCUUUUGGGAAGGCAUGGGAAUCCACUGAGCACAAGUGAGCUGUCCUAUCUUGCAAAAGAGACUGCAGGAUAUUCAGGCAGCGAUCUGACGUCAUUAGCUAAAGAUGCUGCACUUGGGCCAAUAAGAGAGUUGGGACCAGACCAGGUCCGAUGCAUGGCUGCUAAUGAGAUGCGUAACAUCAGGAAGAAAGACUUUGAAGAUUCCCUGAAGCGAAUCAAGCCCAGUGUUAGCCCAACCACUCUUCAUAUGUACACCAAAUGGAACAAGGAUUUUGGUGACACAACAGCAUUUUGAACUUUAGAUGGACAUUGUCACUUAUUUAAAAAAAAAAAAAAACAGCAAUUGAAAAUAAAAUAACUUGAGAUUCCUUUUGGUUUUACUUUUACAGUUACAGAUGACAUUAUUUCACCUAAAAACCUGAACCCUUUUUUAGGUUGGUAAAGCCUUAUAGGUAUACUGUAUAAUACAUAUUAUGAUGUUUGUAAGCUUUAUGACUUUCCUAUUUUUGGAAAGGUUCGAUUAUGAGUCUUUGGAGUUUCUUUUGUGUUAUUAUACUCUUUAAAACACUCUUGCUACUUGAAAUGAAAUUUUAUUUAUUUUCAAGAAUGUCCUGCAAAAUUACAAAUCAACCUUCUCUUGCCAUAAGAGGGCAAUACUUUCUGUAACCAAUUUAGAUUAUUCUACACAUCCAUUACUGUAGCUACAUGAUGUAAUGACAUGUUGAUGGUAUUGAUCACCAAGUGCUCUCGGUACUUGUACGCAUGGAGGAAUGAUUAUAAUUUGACCAAUUUACCAUAUUGUGCUUUUGUAUUAUACGUUUUUUCCAUUGGUUCCUAUUGUUUGCAUAUUUGUAUUUGAAAGGAAUCACUUGUGUUGCCUAACAAAGUAAUGAAUUCAAUGACCUGUAGUUCAAAAUGAUGUAAUGGAACAGCAGUGUAAGCACUCCCACUCACGCCACUCUUCAUUAAAUACAUUCAUCAAAGUGA